AUGGCACGUGAUAUGUUUAAGGCCAAUCCAUACGUCGAAUUGCGGCUGAGACUUAUCAGUGACAGACAUGACGAUGGUCGUGUGUAUAAUAUGCCAACCGUUGCGGAAGUUGCUGCCCUUAUUGUUGGAGAUGUUGACACAGGUGAAAUGAGAGACAUUGUGGUUCAAUACCGGAGUGGUAAAUUACAAAGAAUAGAUGAGUUCAAUCCAAGUUAUCUUUCAUAUCAAUACCCAUUGAUAUUUUGCUACGGUGAAGAUGGAUACCGGAAUAAUAUCCUUCACAAGUAUCAAGAUGAGACAACUGUUACAAGGAAGAAUAGGCAAUCUAUCAAGGAUUGGCUGUUUUUUCGUCUCCAAGAACACACAGAUGAACCUAAAACACUAUUGUACUCAAGGAAACUUUUCCAACAAUUUUUGGUUGAUGGUAACGCUAUGAUGGAAUCAGAACGUCUCAAUUGGUUGCGAAAAAAUCAAUCCAAGUUAAGGGUCGGAAAAUACAAUAAUUUGCAACAAAGAUGUGAGCAAGGAGACCAAAAUCCAGGUAACAAACAAGGUAAACAUGUUGUUCUACCAUCUUCUUUUGUGGGUAGCAAACGAUACAUGGAUCAACUUUACUUCGACGGUAUGGCAAUUUCAAGCAGAUUGGGGUUCCCAGAUUUGUUUAUCACCUUCACAUGCAACCCAAAUUGGCCUGAGAUUACACGGUUGCUGUCCCCGAAAAAUUUAAAACCUCAUGAUAGGCCUGACAUUGUUGCCAAAGUUUUCAACAUCAAGUUUAAAGAGCUUAUGGUUGAUUUAACAAAAAAACAUAUUCUUGGGAAAGUUUUGGCAUUUAUGUAUACAAUUGAGUUUCAAAAGCGAGGCUUACCCCAUGCCCACAUUUUGAUCUUCUUGCACCCCCAAAGCAAGUAUCCAACGCCGUCCGACAUUGAUAACAUCAUUUAUGCCGAGAUUCCUGAUCCUACGCUUCAUCCUGCUUUAUACGCACCGGUAAAAUCACAUAUGAUACAUGGACCGUGCGGUCUUUCGCGGCCUAAUUCACGAUGUAUGAGAAAUCAGCAAUGUUCUCAAUAUUAUCCAAAAAAUUUCAUCGAAGAUACAGUUGUCAAUGCUGAAGGUUAUCCAUUAUAUAGAAGAAGAUCCAACACCCAUGUAAUUACAAAAAAUAAUAUCAAGUUGGAUAAUAGAAAUGUGGUCCCCUAUAACACUCGGUUAUUGUUGAAAUAUCAAGCACAUAUUAAUAUGGAAUGGUGUAACCAAUGCACUUCUAUCAAGUAUCUAUUCAAAUACAUUCACAAAGGAUAUGACAGAAUCGGUGCAAGUGUGGUAGCUUCUAAGUCAAACACCGGACUACAGCAUGAAUGUGUAGAUGAGAUCAAACAAUAUCUCGAUUGUAGGUAUGUUUCUCCGAGUGAGGCGUGUUGGCGAAUAUUUUCAUACAAGGUUCAUGGGAGGAAACCUGCUGUUGAGCGAAUGUUUUUCCAUCUCAUUGGUGAAAAGGCUGUCUAUUAUAAAGAUUGUGAACAAAUGGAGCAUGUCUUAGAGAGUGCAAGCGUAACAGAAUCUAUGUUCACGUCUUGGCUGGUAGCAAAUGCAAGAUAUGAGGAAGCCCUGUCAUUAACAUACGGUGAAUUUGUUACAAAGUUUGUUUAUGUUAAGAGAAAAAAAUUGUGGAAGCCACGAAAAAUAGGGUUCACUAUCGGACGUUUGGUGUGGGUUCCACCGACAACCGGGGAACUUUUCUAUUUGCGGAUGAUGCUGACGGUGGCUAAGGGACCAACUUACUAUGAAGAUAUAAGGAGGAUGACGACCGAGAAUACAUAUGUGCGUUAA